AUGCAGGCCCUGCGACGAUUGACGCACAGGGCAGCAGCAGACGCCCUGGGGAGCGGCGGCCUGGAAUGCAGCACAAGCGGCAGGCUGUUGGGAGCGGCUGCUGCGCGGUUCAGUGCGGCUGCAGAGCAGCCUGUGAGCGAACCCUUGACACUAGCAGCCGAGGAGCGCGGACUAGUGGGCUCCAUCGCAUCCAACAAGCUUCGAAAGGCUGGCAAGACGCCCGGCAUUGUGUUCUCUGGACCAGGCGGCGAGCAGCACCUGCUAGCCUUUGAUUCCAAGGCCCUGGGCAAGCUCGUCACCAAGCUGGGGCGCACGGCCUGGGCAUGCUCGGUGUUCGACCUGCAGAUACAGGGCGAGGACGGCAGCAGCCGGACAGUGCGCGCGCUGGGCCGGCAAGUGCACAUGACGUCCACCACAGACGCCGUAGAGAAUGUCACCUUUGUGUUCUGCCCUCCGGAGCGUCAAGUGCGGGUGGAGGUGCCGCUCAAGGUUAUUGGCGAGGAUGUGUCUCCGGGCAUCAAGGGCGGCGGCCGCGUCAACUGGAUACGCCGCACCAUCCCCUGCCUGGCGCGGGGGGACAGCAUCCCUCGCGACUUCACGGUUGACAUCAGCAAGAUGGAGCUGAACGACAAGCUGUACUUCACGGAUCUGGCGGUACCCCAGGGCGCCGUGCUGCACCGGGUCAACGCCGCGCUGCCAAUCCUCAAGGUGGCGAAGUGA